CUGGGGAGAACAGGCCCUAAAGGAGUUGUCAAUCUUCGCAGAAUCAUGUCCAUUGAAAAUGUUGAACAUGUAUUAAUAAGUAUAAUUGGUAUUGUUAUAUAUGCAAGCCCCAUCACAUUGGCCAAAGAUAAUGUCACAUACCUACAAGAUAUUGUACUAAUUGAUAAAAGUUAUGUUGACUAUAUCAAGUCAUUUCAUAUAUGGGCCGAAUGCACUGGACAAUAUUAAGGAUGCAAUUCCUUUCUUAAUAUGUGGAUUAACUGUGGAGAAGAAUAAUGGAAAUCAAUUGUCGAAUCAUUGGACGAUUAGUUGGCGUAAAUUUGGAGAGUAUGCAAUGGUGUGAUGCAUGUUUUUUUUGUAAUCAAAGAGUCAAUUUUGUGGGCCCACAAAGUAAUUGUGUUUUCUGCCGCAACAAAAAUUUGCCCCAAAAAAUGGUAUAGCUACAUAUGUCCCAAUUUAUUAAAAUUAUAUUUUAAACAUAAUAUUUGUUAUAACGUACUUCUUCCUAUUAUUUGUUUUUAGCAUGUCACUAAAAGUUACAAUUAAGGACAAAAGUGGAACUAUAGAUGUCACUCUAUGGGACAAGCAAAUUGAUUUUUUAUUACCGAUGUAUAAAUCGGUAUUACAAUAUGACAAUGUUGAGGACUGCAAAAUACACGUAAGAUACUCGAAACACGUAUAGGAGACGGUUUCAUUUUCUUACUACGAUCAACAAUCUGUAAUUCAAAAUUACCAGAUUUUAAGGUUAUUCACAUAACACAUGUUGAUUGGGCUGAAGAAUGUGCUUAUCUUUUUAGGGAUCGAAAUUAUGUAAACAAAAAGCAAGGAACAUCUAUCCAAGGGAGGAAACCAGAUGUGAUGAAAAUUGCUGACAUAACUAAGACUACCAAACGCAGCACAAUCAAAGGUAGAAUUAUAAGGAGUUGGUCAGUGAUGGAUUUCAAGAAGCCCGAUGUUGUGAAUAGCAUGGAUAUUGUGCUGAUGGAUAUUCAGGGAGGAAAAAUCCAAGUUUCUUGCAAGAAAUCCUUAAUGUCGACUUUUUCUGGAAAUUUGAGUCACGGGAUGUUCAUUGAGAUUACAAAUUUCGGAGUGCGUGAAAAUACCGGGCUAGAUCGACCUACUAAGCACUGUUUCAUGUUACACCUUAACUAUUCUUCUCACAUUGAACAGUGCGAGGCCUUGGAAAUUGACUUGCAUGGAUGGGAUUUAGUUUCUUUUAGCGAUUCAUUGUCUAAAAAAGAGUCUGAUGUUUAUUUGCUAGAUUUUGUUGGCGAGAUCAUUGGAUUUACUCCGAUUGAGAAAAAAACAAGUUCAAAAUUGAUGACUAUAGAGCUAAUGGAUCUUGAAAACAACUUUGUUACUUUUGUGUUGUGGGGUGAAUAUGCAGAUCAACUAACUUCUUUUCUUAAUAAGAGAAAUAAUGAGUUGAAUAUUGUUAUUGCAGUGCAGUUAGCAAAGCGUAUUAUAUACCAUGGGGAGGUCCGUCUUACAACCUCGCGAUUUGUGACAAAGUUGUUCCUAGAUUCUGACAUUCCACAAAUAACCGAUUUUAAAAAAAGCAAGACUGCUAAAGGAGACUCGGCCAUUUCACAAAAACCAAGCGAAUUUUCAACAGGGACAUCAGAGUUUUUAAAGGAAGACACCAUCAAAGAUAUUUGCGAUCUUCUAAUGUCUGAAGGGCCUGGGAUGUGUGUUUGUCUUGGUACUAUUGAAGACGUUGACACUGAAUUCAAUUGGUAUUAUGAGGCGUGUAAAAAAUGUUGUAGUGCUGUCAAAAAAGAAGGUGACAUUGUCAAGUGCAAGAAGGAAAAUAAAGUCCUUAAGUCAACCGUGCCAAGGUUUAGGUUGAAAAUAAUCGUGUCUGAUAACACGGAUGAUGCUACCUUCGUGCUUUUUGAAAAAGAAGUUCAAAAGAUGUUGAAUAAAUCUGCUUCUGAACUAUUAGAUAUUCAAGAGAUGUUAAUAUUGAUCUCAUUUCAAAUUCUACUGUUUAAUUUUAUAGAAAGGGAUAAGUACGGAUUUCCUGAAGCGUUUACACAGCUCCUUGGCAAAAAGUUACUAUUCAAAGUUGAUAUCCCAUCCAAGCAUACAUCCGGUACUAAUAGAAACUUCACUGUUAUAAAUUCUACGGAUGAUCAAAAAUUAAUUGACAAAUGGAUGGGGCUCUACAUGAAAAUAGAGUCUGAAAGAUACAAGCAAGAGCAAAUUGAAUAUGAGAGCGUAAAGGAUGUUGAAGGAGAAAAUGAUACCAAAUCAAUUGAUAAUGAAGGUUCGCCAAGUUCCAUCACACCUCAAAAAAGAGUCCAUGUUGAUAAUGAAGGAUCAUUAGCAAAUUCUCCAUUGGAUGCACAACUCUCUACUAACAAGAAGCAGAUUAUUGCAAAAGAAUGAGAAGGAUUUAAAGAAGUAGAUACAAUGCAAUGACACCAUAUUCGAAUGAUGAAGUUUUUUGAGAUACUUUAAAUUUAAGGGCUUAUGCUUUUUGUUCAAUAUGCUUAAGUACCUUUGUUCAAUUUUGUGUUUUUCAAUAACAGUUGUUAAGUUGGUUUUUGAAGUUUGUUUACAACAACUACUAAGUUGGAUUAAUAAAUUUUUGGCUGUUAA